AUGGCCACGACUAGUUAUGAACGAGUGUUAAGUGACCAAGAAACUCUAUUUAACUCUAUCGAAAAGAUUGUUAAUCGUGUUUUAAAUUACGAAAAUCCACCUCGACAACUGUUGUUAGGACGCCUAACAAAUUUACAAGAUUGCUGGCUGAGGUGUCGACAAAAUCAUGCCGCUUUACUUGCAAAUCCUCCAAUAAUAGAUCCUCCUAAUCAAGCCGAAGGAGGAGAGACAACAAUUACAAUUUAUAAUUCUGAUGAGUUUAAUCAGAUUGAGGACUUGUAUGAGGAGGCCAUAUACCACAUACUUAGCAGUCUUCCUGAGCCACCGCCCAUGCCGGUACAAGACCGUUCUCAACCACCAGAUCCAGAUGCAACGCCACGAGGAGCAUCAUCAUCUGUAAAACUUCCUCGCAUUACUAUACCCACUUUCUCAGGUUCGUAUUGUGAGUGGCUCACCUUUAGAGAUCUGUUUAAAUCUCUUGUAAUUGACAACGAUCGCUUGUCGGAUGCAGAGCGUCUUCAUUAUCUCAAAUCAUCUCUUAAAGGUGAGGCAUUAAUAAUUGCUCAAAAUCAACCAGGGACAGAUGGCAAUUUUCAGAAUAUUUGUGAAAAUCUCGAAACUCGUUAUAGUAAUUCUAAAGUUUUAAUAUAUGAAUAUUUAAAAAAGAUUGUUGAAUUGCCACCUGUCACAUCAGAUUGGUUGAAUAAUUUAAAAACUAUGCGUAACGUUGUUAUUACUGCGACAUCUGCUUUAAAAAGUCUAAAACGUCCUAUCGAUGAAGGGAAUGAUUUGUUAGUUUUUAUGUUAAUAAACAAGUUAGAUAAAAUUUCUCGUGAUCAGUGGGAAUUGUCAAUUAGUGAAGAGACAGAUCCUCCCUCUCUCGAUCAAUUUGUUAAAUUUCUUGAUUCUCGAAUUCGCGCUUUAGAAGCUACAGUAGAUAUUAAAAAGCGUCCUGAAAGUAAAAAUUCAAAUCAUUCGCAGUCGGUACUCAAGAAGGUACACACGCAUCAAAACUCAACAAAGUUUGUAUGUCCAAUGUGUAACAGAGAACAUAACCUCUAUGCUUGUUCUGUAUUUAAAGAAAAAACAAUUGAUGAACGUUCUGAAUAUUUAAAGGCUAAUUCACGAUGCUUCAACUGUUUAGGUAAGCAUAAUCGCAAUUUAUGUCAGAGCCGAAAAUUUUGUAAUAUUUGUAAAAAGCCUCAUCAUUCUUUAUUGCAUCGCGAUAAUAAAAAUUUGUCACAAAGUCGCGAAUUAAAAACUGAUCAUAGCGUUUCAGAAUCAAAUCAAGUGUCUGAUGAUGUGGCGAUUUCAUCGCAUUUGAACUCGUCUAAAAAUACCGCACUACUGUUCUGUUGGGAACCGCUCGAGUGA